AUGGGUGUGUUGAUGAAACUAAGGCCAAGUUUGCCAAGUCAAACGGCCAUUAAAGCAAUUGUUUUCGAUAUGGAUGGCACGCUUUGUCUGCCGCAGUCGUGGAUGUUCAAGGCCAUGCGGGAUGCAGUUGGACUGCACGACGCUCAAAUGGAUAUCUUAACGUUUAUAGACGAGCUACCUUCCAAAAAACUGCAAGACGAGGCAAACUUGCAGAUCAAAAGAGUAGAGGCCCAAGCAAUGGCAGAAAUGAAGCCACAGCCGGGACUGCUAGAAUUGUUGCGAUUUUUGACACUGCAUAAUGUAAGUACGGGCAUCUGCACCCGAAAUCUGAUGACGGCCGUGCGUCACCUCAUUUCCAAGUUUGUGCCUCCGGAACUCGACCGUUUCCACCACAUUUUGACGCGGGAGUUUCGCCCCACCAAACCUAGCCCGGCUCCGUUGUUGCAUAUCGCGACGCAUCUACGCAUACGACCAGAAAAUAUGGUCAUGGUGGGCGAUUCAUGGGACGACAUGGAGUGCGGACGGGCCGCUGGAUGUGCCACGAUUCUGGUCCGCAACAAUACUAAUGGCGUGUUGCUGGAAAAACGAGGACAUCUUAUAGACGCUGCUGUCAACGAUUUGGCAGAAAUAAUUGAAUUGUUGCAGUCGGGGAUACAUAGUAAUAAAUCUAGCGAUGCCAAGUGA